CUUUUACUGCAUGCCUAAAGAAGUUUAAAGGUAAAAUUAUUUCAGAGAAAAAAGAAAUACCAAUGAUACACAUAAUGCACACGAGAAAGCACGAAGAUUUAAAGUUAAAGCGAGUCAAAUACUUAUACCUAUCUUAUGAAUUACAAUUUUAAUAUUAAAACCCAACCGUUCUAGUUUCCGCUUGAACGACUAAACAUUUCAGUUGUUCAGCUAUUCUGAAAUUUGUUUUAAUCCAACUCGCUCAUCGACAAGUGCAGGACAGUUGCGUUCCGAUUAUUCCCAUUUAGUGCAUCUGGUGAAAUCGUUCAUGCGCGAUCCUUUCGACGCGUGGCGCACGUAUGCACAACAACAACAACAACACGAGUGAAAAAAAAAUGUGUCAUUGCGACGUACGGGUUAGACUUGCUGAUGAAAGAUAAACCUUAUCCGGUUACCGGUCUCGUUUUUAAAUAGUCUCCUCCCCCAGGGCAAUGCAAAGUUGUUACUUGGUUUUACUUUGAAGCACUUUGAAUUGGAAUAUACGAAUAAGUGAAUUACUGCAACUCAAAGUUGUCCCAAUUCCAACCCGAAACUAAUACGAAUACUUUGAAAAUGCGAGAAAUGACGACGUGGUUCUAAAAGGUAGAAACACUUGUGAAACAUUGUUGAACACAUGUGAACUAAAUCCGCCCAUGGACGUCUUAGUCAUCGAGAACUAAACCGAAUGGAUAUUGACGCGAAUUCAACAACUUUUUAGGCUCUAUAAAAUAGCACAGUAUGUUCAAAGGACGAUCAGACCUGUUUGACUGAGCGUCCGGAAGCAUUGCAAAGCUCCAACAGCAGCAAUGGCUCUUCAAAUGAGAUCCAUCGCUGUACUAGUCAUCGUUCUAGCCUUUUACGCCCAUGCAGACAAGACUCUGUAUCGUGUAUCAGUUCAUCCUUGUUUCGGGAAUGACAUGACCGCCAUCGUGCUGGAGGUGCGCGUAUCCGACUGCCAAACGCUUCCAUGUCAAUUGACUCGAGGAUCACAAGUAACUGUCGAGUUCGACUUUAUUCCAGCAACCAACAUUAAAAGCGACAUCACUACCGGAGCUGCUGUUACCAUUGGAGAUAUCUCGUUGCCAGAUCUGGAAUCGAAAGAGAGUUUGGCUUGUCCCAGCAUUACUAAUAAACAGUCCGGAUUGGCCGUCGGUUGCAAAUUGAAUGCCAAAGAGGUUUACACCUACUCCAAAACUACUUCUAUCUCAGAUAAAUACCCAGUGGCUGAAAACGUGAACAUUCAGUGGGAACUUUAUGAUGACGACGACAAAACAAUCGUCUGCUUAAAUGUACCAGCCAAAUUUGUGCGAUCGAAAUAGUUGAAAUCAACUUCAUGGCUAUAACCCUAGAGGGUUAGUAUUUAAAAAAUCAGUGGAUAGUUGCAUUUAGAAUCGUAGAUGGUAAUGGCACUUAUUAAACAACAACAUAACUAAUUUUAUCAUUUUAUAAUAUCCUGUGGGAUUGGAUUGGGUUCUAUUUAAAACUUUGUCUGUCUGCACCAUACUAAACAAAAAGUUCCUAUUUGAGUCAAUAUGUUAGCUUUAACAAUGCAUUUUUCUAAUACACGAAACAAAAAGGU